CCUGUACGAAAUUGACCCGCGCAGGCAAAAGAGGACAGGUUUUAUUUUUAAGCAAACCGACCGACGAACUCAUCCCGAUCGGUCACGAUCUUCCGUAGUCGUGCACUGUUCGUGACGCACUGCACACCAGCACUUUGCUCGACUGAGCAGUUCGUCAAACAAGUUAACCACCGUUUUCGAGAUUUUGUGUAGGGAAAUCGAGAAGAAAAAAUAAACAGGAACGGCUUGGAAAAUAUGUGUCUCUACCGGAAAGGGCAUCCAUGGCCUCGAUACAGUUUUCGACGAAGUUAAUUUGUAGUGAAUUUAUUAUCUCGAUCCCAAGGGAGGAAAGCAUAUGCAUGUGUGUACGACUUUACGGAAUGUAGGGUGAAUGUGAGCUUGGUGCGUGAUAAAUAAGCGAGAAUUUAUACGAUUUUUGUAACGACGGUGAGUGAAUCGAGAGGAACAAAGGGCAGGAUGAGCAAUAUGCAACCAGAAGAGUACGAGAAUACGGGCUGGCUGUCGUACUUUAGCCGGCACAAGACGACCUACACUGCGUCCGAUAUUCACAAGAUCAGCAACGAGCUGAACAAUGUGCGCAAGAACCUGACCGCCACCCAGUACGCGUACGGCGAGCUGAGCAGUGAGCUGAAGGCACUCAAGAGUCUCCAGGAGCAGCAGCGCUUGGUGGACGAGUACGAGCAACGGGCGGCAGGCAGCAAAGGCUCGAAAUCGACCGACAAGCGGCUGAAGGAACAGGCCGACGAAAUCAAAAGUCUCAAGAGUGAUCUUGCGAGCUGCCGGAAUGAGCUGUCCAAGCAGAUCGCCGCCCUGAAGGUGUCGGUUGGCGAGCAGAGCAAGAAAAAGGGUGUGUUUGGAGGUGGUGGCAAGCCUUCGCACGGCAACCCACCGCCAGCCGGCAGUAACGCCAUGACCUUGAGUCUGGAAAGUCGCAUCAUUGCCGCGGAGGUACAGAUCGAUCAGCUGACAACCGGGCACACUGGCCGGUUAAGUGCUCUGGAGCAGAAAGUAGGUCAGCUAGAGCAGACGGGCGGCAGUUCGUCGGUAGAUUAUGAGGUACGGCUGAAUGCUCUCGAGCGAGAUUUUACGCGCAAGCUGCAGGAUCUGACCGAUCUUGUGGUGGAGCUGCAGCGCAAGCUAGCUAAGAGUGAAGCCAAACAGGUGGAAAUGGUGCAACGGUUGUCGACGGCCCAAACCACACUGUAUGAACAGCUGGAGCAGCGGUACGAUGAGCAGUGCGGCAAACUGCGAGAAUUGCAAGUUCGGCUCAGCCAUCUUGGCCAGCAUGACGACGUCGACUCCACGUUUGUCUGAGGGAACCGGGCAACGAGAGCCAGUAUUACUUGCAGCAUCAUUGACGCUCAUAUUAUCGAUUCUGCCGCACUCCCUGGCUAGUGAUUUAGAAAGCUAUGCUGCCAGCGAAGCACUCGCCCACCAUCAUGC